UGGAGGCGCUCAGGUUCGUUUGAUAAAGUUCAUGCAAUGCAUUGAAAUUAUAGCGCUAGUUUUCGUAAAUGCAAAUUGAGGGAUUUAUUUCAAAAUAUAAUAGCAUCGUAUAGGACAGUGGAUGUGACCGAAAACGAAGAAUGUCUUAAAAGAUGGGAGUAUAAAAGACAAAGACAAUGACAAAGAUAAACGGCUUGAAGGAAUCACAUUCUAUGAAACUUUAAGUGGAUUCAUUGCUGAAGAACCCCCAUAAACCACACGAAGAGACCGAUACUUUUAUAAAUAGAACUUAUCCAAGGGGCAGUAACCGGAAACAACACUAGAGUACAUAAUUUAUGAUCGAUCAAAGCGCGUGUAUCCUGACAGUGUGAAAUCACGAAACAAAAACGUCUUGCCAGCACUUCCCAUAAAGUAAGCAUGACAAUGACUGAAAGCACAUGUGUUAAAGGCAUCAUUCAAGAGAAAAUCAUUUGAACAGGGAUAUAUAGAAAUACGAAAAAAGGCACAAAAUGUUUUCAAAAAAAAAAUUGGUAAAAUUUUUCGGUGGAGGUGGUGGAGAGGAAACGAAAGCAAAGCAGACGUACGAAACUAAUCCAGAUAAGAGUAGCAAUAAAGAAAAAAAAGCAAAGCCAAGUCCUGAAAAUUCUAAGAAUUCAUUUAAUACUAAAGUUAACGAAAAAAAUGAGAACCUUGAUGAAAAUAUGACAUUAGAAGGUAAACAUCAGAAUAAUCAACAUACAGAUAAUGUUGAUGAGCCAAAAGGUGAAGAGAAUAAAAAAACUACGGAUAAGGCCACGUUCGGACAUGAUUAUGAUAAAAUGAGAAGUAUGAUUAGCUUAACCUCAGAUCAUAAAGCUGUAAUUUUUGAUACUGGAAAACAAUGUAAAGAUUGCAUGUUAAAAAUGUAUGAAGCUAGAUUGAAAGAGGACGAGCUUAGAUGUAUGGACUGCUUUUCGUUCGAGUGCUUACACUGUAAAACAAAGUGUGAGUGUAUGGGGGAAUGCUUUUGCAAUAAAUUUCAAGAUAUGUUUGAAAACCAGGUUAGAAGAGCUUCCAAUGAAUUAACAAACAACCUUAAACAGCAUGUACUGAUUGAAACUUCUAGCAAUGUUUCUUCCGCCAUGACGUAUGAGAUACAUGAUUCCAGGAAAACAAUAGUAAUUUCCUCCGUAACGAUAAGCAAAGUGAAUAAAUCGGACGAAAGCACUAGUAUACAGAAAGAAAAACAAAAGUUUGCACAGCAGGACGUGUUGAAUGAAAACAACUUGGAGAUAUCUAUUCUAGAGUACAGAGAUGCUGAACAUGUCUUUUUACGAAGAUCCCAAACUGUUCGCGUACUUCUCGGAAUGUUGCAGGAAACAAUUGCUGCCGGAAUAUAUUCAAAAGAAGGGUUGGAAAAGGAGAUCACUUUCAUAGAAACUUUAAAGAAAAAGUUUCACAGUGAAGAUAUUCAGUUGUUCAAUAUAAAGCAGUUCGCCCAAGUUUUGGAAGAAGAUGAAAUGCCGAUAAUUGUCACAUGCCCGCUUCAGUCACGUUUGUACGCCGAUAUGAAUAACUCGAUGUCCGGUAUAAAGGAGGUGUAUUAUAAAAGAAUCAUUUUGGUUCUAAUACACUAUAAAAUAGAAGACACAGAUGCCUCUGCGUUUUGUAUUGAGUAUGAAAACCAGUUUCCAGCAUUAAAAUGUAUUGACUUCUUUCAUCAAAAACGACAAGGUAACAUCGAAAGUGUGGCAACAGAAAUCAAAGAUGCGCUUUAUCAAAUGAGAAAAAAGUCUUAUAAGCCGAUGAAUGAUUAAAGCGAUAUACUAUAUAGCGAUGGUAUAUCUGCGCCAGAACAUGUUGAUAUAUUCAAAUUGUAGAUAUGUUUUGUUAUUAAAGGCUGUUACGUAUGCAAAAUGCAUGUAUACGUAUGCUACAAAAUUAAUGGCGAAAUCUUUGGUCUUGCACUGGGCUUUUUAGGUAUAAGUUAGAUAUGAAACACUGUCAGGGUUACUGAUAUAUUAUCAUAUAACCCAUUUUUACGGCUACGCUAGUAUUCAGGACAGAGUCCAUGUUUAGUAAAGGUUAAUAAGGACAUAUAUAAAGGCCGUAAAAGUAUAUGUAAGACCACCAAUAGACUUGUUUCAAAAUACUUAAGAUACACAAACGCACUUGUUGCUUUUAUCAAUGCUGUUAUCUAUUUCAUUAAAUGUUUCGUAAGGUCAUGUUUAAACAUUAGUAUCCAUUUUGAAAAUGUAUGUUUUUUAAAAUAACUAUAUUAUUAUUAUUAUAUCAUAAAAAUGUAUAAGGACCUAGUUUAAAAUAGUUCCAAUAUACAAUAAAUAGGUGAUGGUAGGUUAAAGAAAUACGUAAAGAUAGCUUUUUCAUAACGGACAACUAAAAGUUAUUGUUUGGGACUGUUUCAGAAAAUCUCCUAAUAAACCCGAUAUUUUUUUACAAGUACAGCAUUCAAAAUAAUAUUGUCUUAAGAUAUUGACAAAAAAUAUAUCAGAAAGUUUCGGCAAUAAAAUUUAUUCGCAUUGAUGAACAAUAUAAGAUGACUAUCAGAUGUGUUAUUUUUAUUUUUUGUUACCAUAACCAGAAAUAAAAGCAGGGGUUGUUAAUGAACGAAUUUUGAAGACGAAUAUCUUUUUUUUUUGGUGCUUUUAUACAUUGUCCUAAAAAUGUCUAUACCUGAGGUAAUUAAGAAUUAAUUUGUGUGAUGUUACCAUCAAUAUUGUUAUGCUUUUAUGUAGCAUUUUGUAUCGGAUUAGACAUUUAUUAGACAAAAGUGAAUUUUACAUGACGUCUUAAACUUUCGAAGUUUAAAAAAGUUGGGGCCCAUUUCUGCGUACUCCUUUUUAAUUUUGAUGGGACUUUUUGUCAACUAUACGGGGCGGGGAAAUACUACAUUUACGGGGUAUGGUGCCGAAUUUUACCCAAUAUUUUGAUCAAAAAAAAAGAAGAAGAAAAAAGCACUGCAUGCUUGCAUGCUUAGAUGCUUAGCCUUUUCAGCAUCAAAUACAUGUAUAUACAUAUAGUAUUGUAUUUUAAGGAUAAAAUAAAAACGAUUAAGAAUAUUUGAUGUCUUGAUACAUUUUCUGUACAAUCAUUAGUAAUAAAUUCUUACACUGUGAUGUAUUUACUCCAAUAUCUCCUGUUGAAAUGUCUCAUUCCCUUUGUCAAGUGAUUUGCAGCUAUCAGAUUAGUGUAGGAAGAAUAUUGGUCUCUGAUUAUUUUAAUUCUUAAAACUUCCUUUGUGACUAUGUUCAUGCGCGGAUCCAGCCAAUUUUGUCAGAGGGGGUCCGACCCCCUCCCCCUUGGAAAAUUUUGAAAUUUAGCGUUUCCUUUUCUGCAUUCUGGGGCAAUUUAGGAGCAUUUAAGAACACCUUUUCACUGCAAUUCUAUAUACCCCUUAUUUUCACAGUUUUAUUGGCUAACCUGUUAAAUUUGGGAAAAUGAUAAAAUCAAGUUUUCUUGAAAAUAAAAUUCUUAGUUUCUUUUAGAUAUGUAGCAGCAGCCGCAUAUACUUUGAAUGCAGUCCUAAUGUUGCCUUUUUCGAAAAACAUUUUCUUCCCCUCUUGUCUUCUUUCUUUUUUAAGGAUUUUCCAGAAGGGGUCCGGACCCCUGUCCCCCCCCCCUGGAUCCGCGCAUGAUGUUUCGUUCGCCAUGGUACUUUAUAUGUGUAUUUUUUUAAGAACAAACUUGCGUUUUGCAAUUAAAACUGCUUAAAUGAUUUUUUUUUAUAAUUACAUUCAACGUUUAACCAUCAAGAUAUGUUAAUAUUGUAAUGAUUAAUAAUUUUGAAAUUAAAAUCUGU